AUGUACCAACCAUCCAUGAUCACAACGGGCAGCACUGGGGCUGCAGUGCAAGGCCUGGGUGCCUGCUCCAUAUCCAGCAACGGGCUUACGGAGCUGUUGGCAGAGAUCAUGGACACUGAAGUGGACUGCCUGCUCCAGGAGCAGAUUGAAGCUGUGCUCAGAGACAGCCUCAGAGAAGCUGCCCAGACCAGCCCCAGCCCAGUGCCCAAAGCCCACAGGGGCUCCAGCAGCCAGGGGCCAAGCCAAACCCUCACUCCCACAGAUAUCACAGCCAUCCAAUUGUAG